CCUAAGUUAUCUGUUCAAUGUUCAAGUUGUCCAGGAUCAUCGGCGAUGCGAUUCAACAUUCCCCGACAGUCUUGAAGCUGGAUAUAGCAUAGUUAUCUCUAAAGUUUAACCAGUUUUUUACUUUGCAAAACUCCACAACUCCAAGGAUCCUCACCAUCCAUGAUCCAAACCAAUGCGUCGACUUUAGUGCUCUAAUGCCUUGAUUGUCAUCCUAUCUCUUCGCAAUUAUGGUGGGAACUCGGAGUGGAGGUCGAGUUCAUGCUCAAAUCUAUACCGAAGCUGAAGGUCAAAGUUAUGCUGAAGCCGAGGCUCAAGUUCAAGCUCAACUAAUGCAAGAGGAGUCCAGCCGCAAGAAUGUCGAGAGCUCCGACGACGAUGUGGACGAAAUUCCGAACAGCCUACCACGUAACUCUACCUCCAGUGUGAGCUUGCCAUCACUUGGCCGUCGCCGAACUCGAAAUCAGCUCGAUGAAAGCCGGUUCAUACACCUACCGCAACCCAAAAGACGGAAAAUCGAGCAUGCAAAUGCAUACCCACACCUGACUUCUACCUCGUCCUCUGAUACCCGACCUAUCCGAAUGAGAACUUCUCAUACUAGAAGCGAGCGUUCGGAGUCUGAGGAGAUUGUACCAGCUGGGCUACUUAACAGCGUCAAUGCGGUGCUGAAACAGGAUGAAAACAAAGGGCACACGACGGGUCACGAAUUAGAGAGCAAAAUCGGUUUACUAGAUAAUGGGCAUGCCGAUAGUCCAACUACCCGUGAAAAUUUGAACUUUCAACAAGCACCCCAGGACAAAGACGAGCCCAACGCAUCUAUCCACAACGAAGAAAGUCCCCAGUCUAGAGUCGAGUUCGAAGGAGAUAACGACAUCCGAGACCAUCGAACUGAAGGCCAUAGUCCAAUUGACCCUUAUGACGUACCUGUGACCCCCCCACGUUAUAAAAACACAGGUUAUACCAAUGGCUCAAAAAGAGUACCUCCCCGAGCCAGUCUUGCCAAAGCGCCUAGACAAGGUCGUUAUUCGAACCUAGCCAAAUCAUCUCAGACUGACCAGCCUCAGGUCGCCGAGGACGUACAAUCUGCAUCAGAGGAUGAUGAUCCCAGUUCACUAGUGCUAGAGCAAGCAGGUAGCGGAGUUGAAGUACAGCAGCAUAGGCAAGAUGGUUCCGAUGCUGGGCAAGCGGCAGAAAAUAUUGACGAAAGCUCGGCAGAUAAUGCAAGCUCUGCAGUUAUUGAACAAUUUGCCGAAGAAGAUUUUGCUCAAGAUGUGGCUGAUUUUCAUGCACAACACCCUCAUGGAUAUCUGGGCGAUGUGCGAUUCGAGGGGCCUUCGGAAGACACUGACAUUGUUACAACUCUAAAAUCUUCUAACUUCACGGCCGCUCUUAGGCUUAUGAGAGUUCGUGCUUGGGCCGGACGAAGAAGUGGUCAAAUAUACGGACAGCCUUUCGAUGUCCAGUUAUCGGGGCCUAAGCCAGUACAGGCUCUUCUCCAGUUCCUAACAAAACUGAACACGCUGAUCAAAGCAGCCCCAAAAGCGCCCCGUUUCAGAGAGCAGAAUUUGUUCCUUAAUGAACAUAGUGCUCUCAUUGGGUACUAUUUUUCAAAGAUAAAGCAUGCGAUUAAACAUAUCUGGGAAACAAGAAAUGUGGAGGGGGGGCCCAACCAGCCACUAACGAACGAUGACAUAGAGACACAGGAUGAAUUAUUAUUUGGCGAAAUAGUCUCAUUCGCUAUCCCAAUGCUAUUCCGCGUCAUGGCGUCUAUGUGGCAUCUAGGUGGUAACAACCGGCCGAGAGCGGUAUUUACGACUUCCACGAUUGAGUUUCUUACGAGGGCACUUGGGUGGAUUGAACGGCUGUAUCGUCCAUUGCUUAGACGGUUGAGACAAGAACUAUCUGAUGGCUCAGAAGAGCGAGCCAAAGAUCAAAAAGAGGAAUGGCGUGCCCACAUGAAGAAGCGAGAAGAGCUCGGUGGAUUCCUGGAUGGCUUGCGUCAAGACCUGGAAUGUGGCCUAGACAAGCUUGAAAGUGAAGAAAGUCGACGAAUUCAAGAAGAGCAAGUCCGUCAACAACACUUGAAGCGACAAGAGGAAGUCGAAGCCCAACAAAAGCAGGAGGAAGAGGCAGCAUUGCAUGCGAUCAAAGAGCAGAACUGGAGAUCGCUAAUGUCGAUUAGAGGUAUUUACACACCACUAUCGGAAUCCGCAGCUCCAUCCUCUACGCGGCAAUCAUCAGCUUCACAGGGGCCGCCCCAGGGACGCCCCCCUCAAACGCAACCUACCCUAGGUAUUCGACGAGAUACCAACCCCUGGUCUCCAGCAGAGAAGACCUAUCUUUUCCGGGAGAUACAACAAUCGUAUCCUAGACUACCGGAUUUAGAGACGAUGCAUUGGGAAAUUGACAGAACCAUUGAAGAGACGGAAGCUAUGGCGGAAGAAAUAUUAGGACUGAUGCUGGAAGCUGUGCAUCCAAACGAUUCGGCGCAAGAUAUUGAUGCACAGAUUCAAGAGAUCAUGCAUGAAUAUAGGCGUAUGCGAAGUCACCGUUAGACAGUUGAACGGUUAGACGUCAUGAUCAUAUUCUGUAAAGCAAACUUUAUGAUACCCAUUACAUUGCUUUAGCUACUUUUAUAGCUACAUCGUAUUCCAUUCUAUUGAGUUGAUUCAAGUUCUGAAAAUGUGCAAAGCUAUUAGCAUGCACCUGGGCAUACAUAAGAUGCUAGCCCUCACCCCCUUUUACAAUUAUUACAUGGAUGUAAUUACAUACUUCGUACGAAGUGCAUACCUAUGUGUACUUUUGAUGUAAGUAGGUAUGUAUGUAGUCUACCUAGUACUGUCUACAUAUGUAGUACCUGACGAUGCAUUCAAUGUCACAUAGCUAUGUAUAUGUAGAAUACCUACUCAGAAUCUCAGAUGCGCGAGACCGCGAAAAUAUGUAGUGAGACGGGUUGGAGCAACUUGGAGCAGGUUUCUAGCGCUGUCGUGUAGGAUGCUUAAUGGAUGCUGGGGCCAUUAGAUUACC